AUGAGCAUCUCAUCCCCCCCACAUCUCCCCCCAGCAACCCCCACAUACAUUCUACGUGGCCACACCGCCCCAAUCCAUGGCCUGCAUGUCUUCCAUCAUAACCUGCGUCUGAUCUCCGGCGAUGCCAACGGCUGGAUUGUCAUCUGGGAUCUCGUAUCCAAACGUCCAGUAGCAGUAUGGAAGGCUCAUGAAGGUGCCCUUCUCGAAGUUAAAGGAUUUACCCUGGAUGAUGGAGUCACAGAAAUAUACACUCAUGGUCGAGACCAUAAAUUACGCGUAUGGAAGUUCCGACCCCAGGAUGAGGACAUCUUGUCAAAGACGCUCCCCGUAGAUACGGGUGAGAAAUGGUCGGGGAAUCAGCCCUGGAUGGUUCAUUCUCUUCAUGUGAAUGCGUUGAAUUUUUGUGCUUUUGCAAUGCUUUUUGUGGGUGGGGGGCUUGAGAAGACCCCAAACACAGAUGCAGAUGCAGUCACAGACAUGAGAUCUUCACCACUCGAGGAAACCAAAAAGUCAUCGGUGUUAAUCGCCGUCCCUAAUGCUCUAGACUCUGGCGCAAUCGACGUCUUCCAUCUCCCGCUGGAAAGAAGACUCUGUACGAUCCCUCCCUCUGUGAAAACAGGUAUGGUCAUGGCUGUAAGCCUGUUCUUUUCGUCUUCCGGGGACAUGUACAUCGCUUCUGCCUACGAAGAUGGCCACGUGAUGGUUUUCGCUCGCCGGGGCCCAUUCAAUCCGGAUGUCUCUUGUAAUCCUUCGGAUUGGAAAUGGGAGCUGCUUUACAUCUGCCGUGCUCAUACGCAACCCGCUUUAUCAAUUGAUGUCUCGGCUACGAGGGAUUACUUCUUCUCUUCUUCGGCGGAUGCGGUGCUUGUGAAACACCCUGUUCCGUGUCUGGGACGUGGGUCUCAUUCCCAUUCGCAGGGUGGCGUCAGUCCUGACGAGAAGCCACUGAAAAUGAUAAAUACGAAACAUGCGGGUCAGCAAAGCUUACGUGUUCGUUCGGAUGUAAGAAUCUUCGCUACUGCUGGCUGGGACUCGAGAGUUCGGGUAUAUUCGUGUAGGACGUUAAAGGAAUUGGCUGUUCUGAAGUGGCAUAAGGAGGGAUGUUAUGCCGUUGCUUUUGCCGAGGUUUUGGCUUCAAUGAACGAUGGUGCGUCGACAGAUGGAAAGGGGGAAUUGCAAGGCGAAUUGCAAGGCGAUGGUGGUAAUGAUGGACAACUUACGAGAAGGGAAGGGGAGUUCUCGCUGGCGAGUGUUCAGCGUCAAAGAAAUCAUAAAGUACAGGGAACCCACUGGCUAGCUGUUGGCUCGAAAGAUGGAAAGAUCUCAUUGUGGGAUAUCUAUUGA